UUCAUUGUGAAAUGAUUGCAGAACCAUGUACGCGACCUUAGUGAAUAUGAAAUUUUAGUACGCGUGAAAAGGUCUUUCAGAUUGUUGUGUCGAUUAUGUGCAUAUGUGAAUUCGUAAUUUCUUACAUUACCAGAAUUAAAUAUUUUUUGUGUGUAGAUUCUUUCUUAUAAUAUUAUAAAUUUUUUUCAUAUAAAAAUAUGUAUAUAUAAGGCCUAGAACAGUUUUCAGUUAUAUCAUAUUUGUUUAUAUAUAAAAUAAAAUGAAGAACAAGAAUCGAGUGUAAAAACAAAGCAGAAAAACACUUCUGGAAAAAUGAAAUAUCAUCGACAAUAUAUCUGCUUGCUUUUGCGAGUAAUCUCUUUUGUCGCGAAUUGUCUCGCGGAAAAUCUAAUACUUGAUAUAAACUUUAAGAAACCAAUUGCGGUAACUGAUGAUGCAUUUCUCAGUUUUACUUUGGAUCCGACAACGUUGCAGUACAAUGAUUUUAUUAAAAAUAUCGAGAAAAGCACGAAUUUGGCGCAAAGCUUGGCACCUGCUUACAUUCGCCUUGGAGGACCACAAAGCAAUUUUUACAACUCUGAAGUAUAUUCUCACAAGAUUACGGAUGAUCCAAAUGACGUGCAUUUUGGAAAUCAAUGGACACUUAUGUAUCAAUGGGCAAAGAACGCCGGAUUAGACGUAAUCGCAUGCAUCUCUCCUCAUUAUAUUGAUAAUGAAUUGAAAACGGAUUCUAGCAAUCCCAGGAAUAUAAUAAAACUUCUCUCUUUUUGCGAUCGCAUGGGUUAUAACAUUAGCUGGCAAUUGGGAUAUGAAUGCCAAACGAGAUGUGACUUAUCUGGUGGCGAGCUGGGACAAUAUGUCGCCAAGUUGCACAAAAUGCUAAAAACUUUCCCAAGAUAUUCCAACAGUUUAAUCACAGGACCAGAUAUUGUGGCAUACAAGACAGUAGAACAACAGGAAUAUCUUCAGGAUUAUUUGUAUUCGGCGAAUAAUGCGCUUUCUGCGAUUACAUGGCAUCCGUAAG